GAGGGGCUUGGGCUUGAGCCUGACAAUUCGUUCUUCGGUCUAGUUUUUCGUUUUGCCUUGGAAUGAGAUGUAAAGCUUUAUUGUUCAAUGAAACAAAUUCGAGUUAGGCAACAUUUUUAAAGUUUCAAGUUCUCACCCGUAUUUACAAGCAUACAGCGGUCAUCUUGCAUUCUUACGAGUUUACAUAAAUUUGUGUUAUUACGCAGUUAAUUAUGGCUAGGCUUUGCAAAGAAAUGGGGAUAAGUGACAAUUUUCUGGCAAACUUGAAAGCAAACAAAAUAUUUACCGUCUCUGAUUACAUUCAAGAGGAGACCGAAAAGUUGGCAAAUAUUUGUAAUACUUCAUUCAAGGAAGUUCUGGAGGUUAGACAACAGCUGAUAACAAAUUUCGCCGCUCUUCCAGUGAACGGAGCGUCUGCAUAUCAACAGCUGUUAGCUAACUCUGCGCUUAUAUCAUCAGGAAUUGAAAAGUUGGAUGAACUCCUAGGAGGAGGGUUCCUGACGGGAACCGUGACGGAGCUCUGUGGAGUAUCAGGUGAUGGCAAAACUCAGCUGUGUGUUGCCAUUGCUGCCAACAUUACUGCCACACUCAAGCAGGCUGUGCACUACGUCGACACCAAGAACGACUUCUCCGCUCACAGGGUCUUACAGAUACUGAGGAGUAGAAACUUGUCUGAAGUGGACUGCAAGUCAGCUUUGGAGAAAAUUCAAGUGAUCAAGAUCAACAGUAUUUAUGAGCUGAUGAGCUAUCUCCACUCGCUGAGAAAAUCUUUGUCUGAUGAAGAAAUUCUUUUUCCAAGAGCGGUCAUCAUAGAUGCUGUUCCUCCGUUAUACUUUCCGUUAAUGAGCAGUGACACAAACCAAGGUUUCGGCCUUCUAAAUCAUGUAAUGACGACAAUCAAGUCAAUCGCUACCGAGUACCAUAUGUUAUUCCUCGUCGUCAACCUUGCCUCAAGUUAUGUGAAUUCAGAGUCUGCGCCAGCUGACAAGGAAGAGGAGGAAGAAAAGGACCAAGUUGUUGCGGAUGUUCGUCCGAUGCUCGGCAGAUAUUGGCUUCACGCUCCUCACACUCGACUACUAGUCAGCAAACUUAACACUGAAGAUUCCCAUAGACUCGUCCGAGUUCUGAAAAGCACUUCUCUACCCUUGGGAAAAUCUUGUGUGGUUAAUAUUUCAACAGCAGGCGUGGUUUGAUAAAGUGAAGGAUAAGGACUGAGUUCAUUAUGAGUUUCAUCAUGUAAUCUAAAAAUCUGUUGGGCCUAGACAAUAUUUUUAUUGGUUUAAUCUUACUGCAGAAGUGAAUUGUGUUCCAAGUAAAGAGACAAAUAAUAUGUCAGAGAGUAGUUUUAUAAGUAACUAGUAUUAUUUACUGUAUGUAUUUGAUGGGACUAUUGCAUUGUUUAUGGACUAAAUUUAUCUGUUACAGAAACGAUUGAGUUUAAGUUGUUCAGUAGCUUUUUAUGACUUAAAUCCCUUAAAAUCACAUGAUGUUCAGGAUUUUUUUUUGAAAAGUGAUAAGAGUUCAGUUAGCUUUCCUGAGAAAGUUAGGGUCCUGGGCUGACAGCUACACAAAACAUAACACACUGAUAUUAUUCUAUGACUUCUUCAUAGGGGGGAGGUUUAAGAGAACAAAAGUGCCCUACUUUAAAAAACUAAGC